UCCUGUGCCUCUUGCCUCCAGUUAAGCGUACACUGCUGGGGUUAAUCUUGUCCACAUUGCCGGUCAAGGUCAUCAAAACAAAAGUGGAUGUGUUUCUAUUUAUUUAUUUAUUUUUUUUCAGGACAACCUUUGGUCCCCUGCGAUACCUUUUUUUUCUUUUUCCCAUCCACCCUUCUUAGAGUGCAGAAGGGGAAUAACAUUCCCACCUCUAGCAGAAGAAGCUUGAUUGCUAUGGAAUGAAUUUCCCCCACUAUGUGAUAGAGGAGGGAGAAUAUUCCAGCAGCAGUGUCGGCAUCCGAAGCGGCGGCAUCAGGCGACACAGAGCGGUGGAGAGAGAGUGGUGGGUGGGUGUGUGCGAGCGUGAGUUCCGAUGCACUGCGCCGAGUGUGGUGUUGUCGCGUGGCAGGCUGCGCGUUACCGUCGGUUGCCCCACAGCUCUUCAGCACAAGGUUGAGAUGAAGCAUCAGCACCAGUGAGGACCAGCCCCCGGCUGGAGGCAUCGCACAGAAGCAGCUUGAGCAGCAGCACCAGCAGGAUGGUCGCCGAGCUGCAGACCUAACUGCUGACACCAGCGUGACGGAUGACAGCCCGCGCGUGGCUUCCCGCUCCAGGAGCCAUGUGAGAGUGUCUCAGGCUACCAGCAACUCUUGGACAUGUUUUCCAGGGCCAAGUCUGGAUUUCUUCUCACGUUUGAACUUGUUUUGUUUCUUCUGGUGCUCUCCGGGUGUCCCGAAGCCACCUGCCAGGCUCGGACUAAAGGGAGAUGGAACAAGGGAGGAUCCCGUCUGCGCCAGGAGGACUCACCACCUCGGAUCGUCGAGCACCCCUCUGAUCUGAUCGUGUCCAAGGGUGAGCCGGCCACCCUCAACUGCAAAGCGGAGGGCCGGCCCACGCCCACAGUGGAGUGGUACAAGGAUGGUGAACGGGUGGAGACGGACAAGGACGACCCGCGCUCGCACCGCAUGCUGCUGCCUAGCGGCUCGCUCUUCUUUCUGCGUAUCGUGCACGGGCGGCGGAGCAAACCCGAUGAGGGCGCCUAUGUGUGUGUGGCCCGCAACUACCUGGGCGAGGCCAUCAGUCGCAACGCCUCCUUGGAAGUAGCAUUGCUGCGAGACGACUUCCGGCAGAACCCGACCGACGUGGUGGUGGCAGCGGGCGAGCCAGCCAUCCUGGAAUGCAUUCCUCCAAGAGGUCACCCCGAACCCACCAUCUACUGGAAGAAGGACAAAGUGCGUAUUGAGGAUAAGGAUGACAGAGUCACGAUCCGUGGAGGGAAGCUGAUGAUCUCAAACACAAGGAAAAGCGAUGCCGGCAUGUACAUAUGUGUGGGCACCAAUAUGGUGGGAGAGCGCGACAGCGAGACAGCACAAGUUACCGUGUUUGAGCGACCGACAUUCCUCCGCCGCCCCAUCAACCAAGUAGUGCUUGAAGAUGAGAUGGUAGAGUUCCGCUGCCAGGUGCAGGGAGACCCCCAGCCUAACGUGCGCUGGAGGAGGGACGAUGUCGAUGUUCCUCGUGGGAGGUAUGAAAUCAAAUACGACAAGGACGACUACGUGCUGAGGGUGAAGAAGGCAUCAGUCAGCGACGAGGGCACCUUCAGCUGUGUGGCAGAGAACCGCGUCGGCAAGCUGGAGGCUUCUGCCACUCUUACCGUACGAGACGGCCGUGUCGCUGCCCCGCAGUUUGUUAUCCGUCCGAGAGACCAGAUUGUGGCGCAAGGACGUACUGCCACUUUUCCCUGCGAGACCAAAGGAAACCCUCAGCCUGCAGUAUUCUGGCAAAAGGAAGGAAGUCAAAAUUUGUUAUUUCCAAACCAGCCCCAGCAGCCCAACAGCCGCUUUUCCGUGUCAACGGGUGGCGCCCUCACCAUCACGUCGGUGCAGCGGGGUGACGCCGGGUACUACAUAUGCCAGGCAUUGACGGUCGCAGGUAGCAUCCUGGCCAAGGCACAGCUAGAAGUCACAGAUGUCUUGUCAGACAGACCGCCGCCCAUCAUCCGCCAAGGCCCCUCCAACCAGACUUUGAGUGUGGACAGUGUCGCCCUUCUCAAGUGCCAGGCGUCGGGCGACCCCAUCCCCUCAGUCAGCUGGCUCAAGGAUGGCGUCAGCUUGCUGGGGAAGGACCCCCGUAUGUCCCUGCAGGAAUUGGGCAGUCUGCAGAUUACCAACAUUAAGCUCUCUGACUCUGGGAUCUACACAUGCGUGGCCACAAGCUCCAGCGGAGAGACGUCGUGGAGUGCCUUCCUCGAUGUUAAAGAGGCUGGCGGCAUAGCUCUUACAAAGAACCACAAUGACGACGAGCUCCCAGGACCGCCUUCCAAACCUCAGGUUACUGAUGUCACCAAGAACAGCGUUUCUCUAUCCUGGCAAGCCGGGCUGGUUGGCGCGUCGCCCGUCAGUUCCUUUGUCAUCGAAGCCUUCAGCCAGUCAGUGAGCAACAGCUGGCAAACAGUCGCAGAUCACGUGAAGACCACCCAGUUCACCGUCAAGGGUCUACGCCCCAACACUAUCUACCUGUUCAUGGUCCGAGCGGUCAACAGCCAGGGCGUGAGCGAUCCGAGUCCCAUGUCGGAGCCCGUCAGAACACAAGACAUCAGUCCUCCGGCUCAAGGUGUGGACCACCGACACGUUCAGAAAGAGCUCGGCGAGGUCAUCGUUCGCUUGCACAACCCCGUGGUCUUGAGUCCCACGGCUAUCCAAGUCACAUGGACGGUGGAUCGCCAAUCCCAAUUCAUCCAGGGUUAUCGAGUCCUGUACAGGCAGACGUCUGGGCUGCCAUCGCCAGGACACUGGCAGACGCAGGAUGUCAAGGUCCCGUCGGAGCGCGGCGUGGUCCUGUCAUCUUUGAAGAAAGGCAUCGUGUAUGAGAUCAAGGCCCGACCUUACUUCAACGAGUUCCAAGGCAUGGACAGUGAAUCCAAGACUGCGCGGACCACCGAGGAAGCCCCCAGUGCUCCACCUCAGCAGGUGACAGUUCUCACCGUUGGAAACCAGAACAGCACGUCUAUCAGCAUCUCCUGGGACCCCCCUCCGCCAGACCAUCAGAAUGGUAUCAUCCAAGAAUACAAGAUUUGGUGCCUUGGGAACGAAACACGUUUCCACGUCAACAAGACGGUGGACGCAGCUAUUCGCUCGGUGGUAGUUGGCGGGCUGCAAGUGGGUGUGGUUUACCGGGUGGAAGUGGCUGCCAGCACAACCGCAGGGGUGGGAGUCAAGAGUGAACCCCAGUCUAUUGUCAUUGGCAAGGCUUUCCAGGACGUGAUCAUCCACGGGAACCGCAACAAUAGCAUCACAGAGCAGAUCACUGACGUGGUGAAGCAGCCGGCCUUCAUUGCCGGUAUCGGGGGCGCCUGCUGGGUCAUCCUCAUGGGCUUCAGUAUCUGGCUGUACUGGCGGAGGAAGAAGAGGAAGGGUCUGAGCAACUAUGCAGUUCAGUCCUUCACCUUCACCCCUGCAGUUACAUUCCAGAGAGUCGACGGUGGUCUAAUGAGCAACGGGAGUCGACCAGGCUUACUCAAUCCCAGCGACCCAGGUUACCCCUGGUUGGCUGACUCCUGGCCCGCCACCAGCUUGCCUGUCAACAGCAGCUCCGGAGGACCUAAUGACCUCACCAACUUUGGCCGAGGAGAUAUCACAAGCAACCAAGGUGACAAAACAGGCACCAUGCUUUCAGACGGAGCCAUCUACAGCAGCAUCGAUUUCACUACCAAAGGCAACUACAGCAGCCCGGGCCAAGCGUCACAGGCCACCCCUUACGCCACUACUCAAAUCCUUCACACGAGCAGCAUCCACGAGCUGGCCGUGGAUCUUCCUGAGGCUCAAUGGAAGGCCUCGCUCCAGGCUAAGCAGGAGAUGGCCAACUUGGGCUACUCGCUACCCGACAAGAACACCUGCAACAACACCCUUCUUUUCAUUCCCGACUACCGACUGACCGACGGGCUGUCUAAUCGAAUUCCACACAACCAAUCGCAAGAUUUCAGCACCACCAGCUCUCACAACAGCUCAGAGCGAAGCGGCAGUCUCUCAGGUGGCAAGGGAGGAAAGAAGAAGAAGACAAAGGCCGGUUCUAAGCCCCCGAAAGUCAACGGUUCCAAUUGGGCCAAUGUCCCCUUACCCCCUCCCCCCAUUCACCCGCUUCCUGGCACAGACAUGGACCACUAUCCCAAUGAGCACCACGACGGGUAUGAGAGCGACGGUUGGGGUCCGCCGAUGCCGGUGCAGACGUACCUCCAUCAGGGCUUGGAGGAUGAGCUGGAAGAAGAGGAGGAGCGUGUGCCCACCCCGCCCGUCCGGGGGGUGGCGUCUUCCCCAGCCGCCGUCUCCUUCGGACAGCAGUCCACGGCUACCCUCACCCCGUCGCCACGGGACGAGAUGCAGCCCAUGCUCCAGGCACAUCUGGACGAGCUGACCCGAGCCUACCAAAUGGACAUGGCCAAGCAAACAUGGCACAUUCAAGGGGGGGCCCUUCCGCCCCAGGCUCCGGCCCCUCCGGUGGGCUAUGUGUCAAGCACAAUGGUGUCCGACAUGGAGACGGACCUGCCGGACGACGAAGGCGAGGAAGACGACGACGAGGAAGAUGAAGGGUACGGAGCCAGGCAUCCCCGUGGAAUCGAGCACACGCCGGGGUCUAGCAUGGACAACCUGGACAGCUCUUUGACAGAUAAAGGCUUGUCCCAAAGACACCGGCCUGGCAGUCCUUUCUCAACAGAUGGCAGCACAGUAGGAAGUCAUAGCUUGGGCCACCCGAGGGCCCAAAGGCCAGCACGCAAACCCCGGAACCAAGGCACGGCACCCCACCGCAGAGAUGCCGGCGCAGACGCAGACCUACCUCCCCCUCCUGAGCCUCCACCUGGCCAGGGCCAAGCCCGAGCCCAGACAGGGCGCUGCAUCAACAGCAUGAUCCCCCCUCCGGAGAGAAAGGCGACGUCUCUGGAGCGCCCGCCCAUGUCGGGACCACUGUCCGCUAUGGCGGAUGACAGGCAAAUGACACGUGCCACCCUGGAGCAUCACCGGCAGGCUCAAGAGCGACUGGGCUCUGCAGAAAGAGGCGACGAUGUGCGCAGAGGUUAUAAGACUGAGGACGGAUGCCUGCCAUACCAUAAACCGUCCUUCCCGUCACCAGGUGGCCACAGCUCAUCGGGGACGACCUCCUCCAAGGGUUCAACGGGCCCCCGCAAGACAGACGGCCCGCGGCAGCCACAGCAGUGGACGGCCAUGGAGCACGCAGACUUCCUGGGGACCAAUGGACAGGGGCAGUACUCAGGAGAGUUAUAGUGUUUCACUUGACGAAGAUCUGACGAAAAAAAAUGAUGGUGGACCCUUCAUGUCCAUGUUCUCAUCAAAGGCGACAAUGACGUCUUGCCAAUUCUCGUUUUGUCCUCUUCCUUGAAAGAAGGACAUCCUGGUGGUAGGAACGACGGGGUGUCACAAGUGUACAUGUUCGACGUACGAUGUAUAGACACAGACAUAUUGUACAUCUCACUAUGGUUUUGGUCUUUGAGGAAAAACUUUACUGUAUUUGGGGAGGGAGGGGUUGUCUGAAAAAACACACACUUUCUGGUGACCGCCCUUUUUUAAUUUAGAAUUUCCGUGUAAAUAUCUUCUUUCAACUUGCUGUUGCUAUGCAAGCCUCCAACAGUUUAUUUUUUAAUUGUUUUUGUUGUACUAUAUGUGAACGGUGUGGCUGCUGUGCCAUAAAAUUUUCUUUUUAAAAAAAGUUGCCAUUAAUUAUUAUAAUUAUUAUUAUUAAUUAUUAAUUAUUGUUGUUUUGCACUGCAACUUUUUGGUGAUAAGCACAAAAAAAAAAAAGACCAUAGCUCCUGCUGACAUGAAGAAAAUGAUGUGAAGAGGAGUUUCUGUACUGUAAAGAGAAGAAGAGAAUUAUAUACAGAGAAAUGUACAGAGAGAUGUUUUGUUUUAAAAGAUUGGCGACAAGGUGAGGCAGACAGGAAGUCCUUGGGGCUCGGAAAGAAAACUGUCACUUUAAGGCGACCAAUUACACAUUUAAUACUCAUUUGGGGGUAUUUAUUUUGUUAUUAACUCUAGUUUUAAACAUUUGACCACACUGAGGUGAUGUUUCAGCACUUGGGCAAAUGUGAAGCAUCUCCAAAAUGUUUACAUGUUAAUUUUGUAUCUGUUUUGUUUAUUAUGUAAUUUAUACUUUGGAUUUAUAUUUUUGGGGAGAACUUAAACUUUUUAUGCUCCGAAAUUUAUGUUAUCCACCCUCAUUCGAGUCACUUGCACAUUGGCCGCCUGUGUGCAGCUUUUAGAAGGUUUCUUGUUAAAUCCCGAUAGAGACGGACCGUGGACGUUGGAACACCAAACACAAAUAUACACAGCAGUUAAAGGGGAAGUUCAAAACUUUUGAUAUUCAUCUUAAUUUUCGAGUUAGCAGGGGUUUAAUUAGUCGGUGGAGUUGGUUUCAACAAAUUCCAUGCAGUUUGUUAGUUAUUUGUUAGUUGCAGGGCUCCGAAGUGGCUAAUCUAGCGCGAGUCAAUUGCUAGCUAGCAUGCCAAUAAAAAAACAACACAUGAGAAUCACCAAUGACCAGAGGUGGGUAGUAACACGUUACAUUUACUUGAGUAACUUUUUGAGGAAAAUGUACUUAUAAAAGUAGUUUUACUAAGCCAUACGUUCUACUUGAGUAGAUUUGUAAAGAAGAAACACUACUCUUACUCAGCUACUUCGGGCUACACUAGACAUUACAUUUUUUCCUCUUUAUUUUGCAUGUAAGAUUUGAUUUCAUAUAUUUAUUUUUGCCAGAUGUGCCAAAAGUGGCUCAACCAGUUUCACCAAUGAGACGUCACAACAAUACUCACAUUACUUCAUUAUCCUAAUCAGACUCAAGCUUGCCAUUCUAUGAUCACAGCGGCCUGUUCAAUCAUGUAACGUCUUUAAACCAUCGUAAAAAAUGUAAAAGUAUUUGGCAUAGAAAGCUGCCAUCAUUAUGACUCAAAAGUAGGGUUGUGCUAUCUUAGGCACCCUAUGAUUCGUUUCGAUUACGAUUCAGGGUGCUACGAUUCGAUUAUUGAACGAUGAUUACGGUAUUGAUGAUGAUCACGGUUAUCACGAUUAUCGAUGCAUCACACAUUACUAAUUAAUAAAGUAGCCAAACAAAUUUAAGUCCACUACUUAUUUAGAAUAUCCUAAUGAUUCAACAGGAACGAUGGAAACGUGCCGAUACAACAAAAAGCUGCCCUUAAAUUGCUUUUUGUUUGUUUUGUUUUUUUACACAAGAAAGUGCAAAAACAUUAACCAUUUUACAAUACAAUUUUACACUGGUGGAAUGAAUUCCACAUUUUCUGGAAACAAAGUGUCUUUAGAAAUAAGACUUCUAUUAACCAAUAUACUUUUUUUCCAGAUUUCUGUACUAUUUCGCAUGUUUGUAGUGUUACCGCUGUACUUAAUCAUGGUUUUACACGUUCUGCAUAUGGAGUAACUUUUGCACACCAACAGACAAUGCUCAAAUGGACAUGGAAAUAGACUUUAGCGAAUGAGCUAAUUAGCUUAGCGCCCGGAACUUCCUGUUAACAUCUCAAAAACAACAACAAUAAAGGCCAAACGGUACAAGAGGGUUCCUGCACUCAUCUUUUAUAGACGCACACGGGUCUUGGCAACACACUCAGGAAAUUUUUCAAUUGACACGACUCAAAACUGCUGCUGGACAACUGAAAGACAAGGAGCAACGAACUAUCUCUGUUCCCCUCUCGCUCUAAAAAAAUAACUUGCGCACAGAAGCGCGACUGCCGGGUCCCUGCCUGUCUCAUACACAAAUCUAUUUUCCAGUCUUUUGAAAAGGAGUAAAUCUCUCGCUUAGUAACCGGCAGCAUCCAUCAUAACGUUGUGCGUGCGUUCGUUAAAGGUAUCCAGGCGGCAGACGUGUAUUGAAUUUUGUUCCGCUAUGACCGGCUGUCAGAGUUAUUAGGGAAAAAUAAUCGUUUUUGAACAUUUAUGAAUCGUAAUCGAACUGUCACGGGUCGAAUCACAAUGCAUCUAUAAUUGAUUUUUGGCACUCCCUUACUCAAAAGUGCAGAUUUUAACCUCUCUCCCAGUUUUUAUUUGGCACCGACUGACCACGGACUUUUAAUUUCAUAAAAGGCAAUAUGUUUUCCCCACUAGUGGGCAUUCAUGCUCGUUGAAUGAAUGAUGCUUCAUUCCUGGAUAUUUUUCUCUCGCCAGAAUUCAAUGAUUUUAUUUUAUUUAUUUUUUUUUAUUUCUUAAUGCGGCUUGUGUCGGGUAUAAUCUUAUUCUUCACCAAGCUAUAAUAAUAGUUCACAUAGAUUAAAAUUUUUUUUUUUUUUUAAAUUGCUAAAAAAAUAAAAAAUCAAACAUUUUAAGCAGUUACUUACAAUGUUACUCAUUACUUGAGUAUUCUUUUCACCAAAUAUUUUUUUUACCUGAGUAAAUUUUUUGGCUGACUAUUUUUACUUGAGUAAUAUUGUUUUGAAGUAACGGUACUUUUACUUAAAAUUUUUGACUACUCUACCCACCUCUGCCGAUGACCCAUGAAAUCAAUAGUGUUGGUUAUGUUUUCAGGAUAAAGUUAUUUUAAAAAAGCCAGUGCAUGUCUGUUGUAUGAACAGGAACAUUUGUAAUGCAGCAGCUCUGCAGGCUAGAGGCUGUCGAGGUAAGCAGAGCGGAGUGAUAUCACGUUUUUUUAGCCGCUGAUUUUUUUUUGUUGGAACGAAGGAGACUGCCUAUCCCAAUCAGUCACCCUGAAGCACCGUAUUGUUUACUCUUUGACCACAACAUGGCUUCAUUUGAACAGUUAGAUCUGUUAAUAUCGUUUUGUUUUAUUGGCAUGCUAGCAAGCACCAUUGUCUCAUGCUAGCUUAGCCACUCCGGAUCCCUGCACCAAAAAAAAAAAAAAAACGAACAAACUACACGGAAUUUGUUGAAAGCAACUCCACCGACUAAUUAUACCCCCGCUAACUCGACAAUUAAACCUAAUGUCAAAAAUUCCCCUUUAAAUUCUGCUGCUUUACAAUAGUGUUUUUAACAAUUUACUGUUAUUACUUUACACUCAAAAUGCUACUUUUUAUGAGAAUGAAAUUCCAUUUUGCAACUUCAGUUGUAAUGUUAUUGUAAAAAUGAAUAUUAUUAAAGGGAUAAAAGUCAGAGUGUUGUAAGGAGGGAAAAAAUCAGACCAUAAAGUGACUGAAAAGUGUCAAUGCUAUGAUUUUCCUACAGGAAAUCCAGUAUGAAUUGUCAAAUACAAAACAAUUAUGAUUUGAUGCGAAAAUUACAAGAGAAUUCUAAUUUAAUGUGAAUAUGUCUAAAAUUGAAAGUUUAAAAAAAUGCCAAUGUAUUUUUUUUCAUAAUGUACAACUCAUAAAUUCUGACUAAGCUUUGCAUCAAUACACAUGCACAAACACAAAGAAAACAUCAGAUGAUGUUGUCCUUGUUUUUUCUUUGCCUUUUACCAAAACUCUGCUGCUCUUCGAUGUUUUCACUGUUUAGGAUUUUUCUUUUUUUAAAUGUUUUAUUUUUAAUGUAUAAGCUUUUUUAAUUGCUGAAGGGUCUCAAGGUUGUGAUGUUUUCUUAACCCACACAGUGGCCAGUGUUUCUUGAAAUGAGGUGCAAGAGAGUAUCUCAGGUUCUUUUACAUCUGCUUGUGUUUAUGUAUAUAUGUGUAUAUUUAUAUAUACAUACAUAUGUAUGCAUAGUCUAUUCAUAAGCAGCCCCCACAUUCCGACAAUUAAGAAGACCAAAUUGAAAUUCAAAUGUCCAGUGAUCUUGUUUCCCCACUUUUACUUGACAACCACGGCUUCAUUUUGUAAUUUAUUUUAAAAAGACAAUGCUGAUUAAAAAGUCCAUCGUGAAAUAUGCAUAACGAUAUGUGGUGUAAGAAACGUGUCUUUUUUUUGGUUUUGUUUUUGGGUUUGUAAAGUCGAGUGCGCAAGGCUCUGCGUGAAGUGGUUACAGUGCGCAGGAGCCAAAGAAUUUAGGGUUUUAUUUUUUUCUCUUGAUAUUGUUGGUUCUUUGUAGCCUUUGUGUGUGUUGCCUUUUUCUUAAGAAAAAAAAUUGAAAAGGAAAAAAAUGCUGGUUAAAAAAAGUGGUCGGGUGAAAUCUUUGUGUACAGUCCCGAUCCGCCGUCCUUUCUACAGUCCCUUUAUUUGCUUUGUAAGCCAUCUUUUCCUCGUCCUCCUUCUUCUGUAUUCACUUGCAUGUCCUCCUCGUCCAAAAAAAAGAAUUGACGGUCGUACACAUCUCGCCAUGUUCCUGUAAGAUAAAAAUGAAUUCAUGUUCUUUUUUUCCCCCCUUGUACCCGCCUCAAUAUCAAAUAAAAU